AUGCGUCUCACCCCAUUUAUCUUCGUGGCAUCAGCCACAGCCCUUCCAACCAUUUUCCGCAUCCGAGCCCUCCUCCCCGAAAUAUCCCUCCCAAUUGACUACUCUUUCGGCGUGCGGGUACCAACAUCUUCCAACCCAUCAUCAUCCAACCCUCUAGCACUACUUGUGAACGGUUACACGGUCAAAAUCCCACUCAUCGCCAGUUCAGGUACUCUCGUCUCCUGGAUAGCCAACUACGCAGACGGAAAGGCAUACAACACACAGUUCACUUCCAUCAACCCCUCGGCGCCUAGGAACAUCACCACAGACUCCGACUCCACCUCCCAGCAAGGUGGAAACAGUGUCUCAAACGCCACAGCACUGGCAGAUGGCCGACAAGCUCGCGUGAUCACAACAUCUUUCUCUUCAGGCAACGCCGCAUCCGCCGCAGCUGCCGCCCUCGAUGGCACAAACUCCGAUUCCACAUCCUCAUCCGGCGCCGCAAACAGCACAGCGGUGGCUACAACCAAUGCCUUAGGUGAAGUCUUCAUCUUCACCUCCGCCAACACCGCCAACGCCCUAAACUCGCAGUCCAUCAAGAACGCCAAAGGCGCUGAAGCAGCAUCCUCCUGCGCCGCCGACUCCGGUCCUGCUGCGUCCGCGCAAGCAGAGCAGGUUAACAGCCUUUACAUUCCCAUUGGAACGUUUUCAGACGGCAAGGAAACGCAAUGGCUGAAGAGCUCGGCUUAUGCGGCGUGUGCGGCGGGUGUUGAUUCGCCGAAUCAGGGGGGUAGUUCGAGUUCGGGGAGUCAGUCUAGUUUGACGGGCGUGAAGAGUAGUGUUACUUGUAACGGGGCGACGAGUAGUGAUCAGACUAAGAGCACGACUUAUAAGGUUAGUGUUAAGGGAAGGUAUACGUUGUUGAAGGGCUUUAAUGGUGCGGUUGGUGGGCAGAGGGUUGCCGAUAGUAAGAGUCAGUGUUAG